CAAAAUUGAUGCAAUCCGGCUGCUUCUGAGAAUCUUUGGGUGUGAUACGACUGUCAAAGCCACUAUCGAAAAGGCGAGCGAGGAGUCGACGCUUUGUGAUUUCCAAUGGGUGGGAGCGUUGAUGAAAAUAAUAACAAUAAUAAUAAUAACUACGUAUCCUCGGCCGUCCAUCGUAGUCGCCUGCAGGAUGGACGCAUUCCAGGCCAAGCUCGUCGCUGCAGCGAUAGGCUCCAUGGCGACAUCACUAUCGAUGACCCCCUUUGACGUCGUCAAGACCCGCCUUCAGACUCAACCCAAGGAACCGUUGUUUUCCCGGCCACCGCUCAACAAAUGCUGUCAGCCGUCUCACAUAACUUGCGUUCGGAACAUGUCGUCCCUUGCCAGACCUCUAGAGGAGGUCGUGUGUGUAUAUGAUCAUGGCAUAUUGCGCCGCGAACGAGUCAAUGGCUUCCUCGAUGCUAUCCGACACAUAUGGAGGCAUGAGGGCAUGCGCGGCCUCUGGAAAGGUGCUGGAACAUCCCUCUUAAUCGGCGUGCCUUCGUCGACCAUGUACAUGCUGACUUACGACCACCUACUGCGAAACGUGUUUCCACAUUUCAUCUCAUCGCCUACCCUCGUACCUCUGGUGGCUGGAAUCACUGCUCGGACCGCCAUUACCACUGCCUUAUCCCCCCUUGAACUAAUUCGUACUAACCUGCAAUCCACGCCCAAAUCACCUGACCAGCCACAUACGCUCCCUUCUGUGCUCCGAUCAAUAGGGGCAGUCGUCCGAAGACAAGGCGUUCUCUUCCUGUGGCGAGGUCUAGGCCCUACAUUAUGGAGAGACGUGCCUUUCAGUGGCAUCUACUGGGCAGGGUACGAAGGAUGGAAGCGCUACUUUGAGUCUCAAGGUCAAAGCGGUGCAUACGUCACAUUUACUUGUGGGGCCAUAAGCGGCACAACAGCCUCUCUUCUGACGUCCCCUUUUGACGUCCUCAAAACCAGAAGGCAAGCAUUGCUUAUGGCCGGAACAAUUCCUUCCCAAGCAAGAGGUACAAUACCCCUGUGCCUGCGGAUAAUUCGCACAGAAGGCCUAGCCGCGUUGUUUGCUGGUGUAUGGCCACGGACAACCAAGAUUGCACCUGCCUGUGGUAUCAUGAUCGCAUGCUUCGAGGGCAUUGGCAAGUUUUUGGUGAAGAAGGAUUAGACCCCAUACCGUCUUGCAUAGCUUUCACAUUAUGCGACAAUAUAUUGAGCACUCACACAUUCGUUUGAUGCAU